CUCCGUGCGCUCCAGAGGUCGCCCGCGCCGGUGUUUUCCCACGUGCGGAGUGAACCUAAGGACAUCAUGUCCUGAAGAGAUGGGGGCUCAGGUGGUGCGGGCGAUCAGGAACUUCAACCUGGAGAACCGAGCGGAACGGGAAAUCAGCAAGAUGAAGCCCUCUCCCGCUCCCAAGCACCCGUCCACCAAGAGCCUCCUCAGCGAACACUUGAGCCACCAUCCAGAAAUUAAGGGAGAAAUUGCUAGAAAAGAUGACAAGCUGCUGUCGUUACUAAAAGAUGUGUAUGUUGAUUCCACAGAUCCUGUGACUACCGUGCAGGUAAAAGAUGCCGAAACUCGUCAGGAGCCAAAGGAAUUCAGAUUGCCGAAAGGCCAUCACUUUGAUAUGAUGGAUAUUAAGAACAUUCCCAAAGGCAAAAUUUCCAUUGUAGAAGCAUUGACACUGCUCAAUAAUCAUAAACUUCAUCCAGAGACAUGGACUGCUAACAAAAUAGCACAGGAAUACCAUUUAGAACUGAAAGAUGUAAAUUCCCUUCUCAAAUAUUUUGUCACUUUUGAAGUCAAAGUUUUUCCUCCUGAAGACAAGAAAGCGAUACAACCAAAAUGAAGAAAAUCAUGAAAUUACUGUUCCUGUGUGUACUUCCCAUCCACCAUCCCAUUCAUUUCCUCAUUUUUAGCAUAUUAAAUUAUAUAAAUUGCCAGGUGUUUAAUGCUCCCUACUUCUGAGAGCAUACUGUUUAUUGAGUGCUAUUAACUUCUCAGUAUUGCUCAUUGAAUGUAUUUUGUUUUCUUUUGGAUUUUAAUUUGGUUUGGGCAUAGUUUGAAUGUAUAUGUCAAUAUGUCUAAUUGGCAGAUUUAUAACAUGACUAUAAGUCAAAGAGUUAAAGUAUUAUUUUAGGCACAUCUUACCAGCUUUUAAACUAGUUAUAUGGCCUCUUGGGAAAUGUCUUGAAUCCCUCAUUUAACAUUUGGAGUUUCACUUUCCAAUUUAGGUGGCUUAUUUUUUACCAUGGAACAUUGAAAGUAAGCUUUCCUAACACAUUUUCUUGUUAGGAAAAGGAGGAUUUGACAGUGAGGUAGAAUAAGAAUAUUUUCCAAUAAAGGCAGAUAGGAGAUGGACAGAAAAUUAGAAAACUACUUCAAUAAGAAUUAGCAAGGACUUUAAAUUUUUUUUUCACUUAUCAGAGACAGAGAAAGGGAGAGUUCCUGGUCCUCCGGCUCAGUCCUCAAAUGUCCACAUGAACUUGGCUGGAGCCAGGAGUUGAGAACCAAAUGCAGGUCUCCAUGUUAUUUGAGCCACCACUACUGCCUCUGAAGCUCUGCAUAGGCAGAAAGCUGGAAUAGAACAGAAGGAAUAGGAGCAGAAGCCGGGAAUAGAACACAGGUACUCCCAUAUGAAGGAAUAGGAGCAGAAGCCGGGAAUAGAACACAGGUACUCCCAUAUGAAGUGCAGGUGUCUUGACCAUUAGGCUAAACACCUGCUUCCUGUUUUUUUAUUUUGUUUUGAAUUGAUUUAGAUGUGAAAUGACUGUAAUUAUUAAAAAACAAUUAAUGUUUAUAAAAUGUAAAAUGUUAGUAAUUUUUGCAUUGCCAAGUAAGUCAAAAGCUUUCAGAAAGAUAACAGUAGGAAUUAUUUGAAAAAAAUAGCUUUUUUCUUUAUUUGAUACAGAAUUGCAAGAAAAAUUUAAAGAAUAAUUAAACCAAGAAACCAUGUUAAAGAAUUUGUUGAUCAAAUAUAAUCUGAUACUAAUAAUAGUUGAGAGAAUAAUAAAAAUAGCAAGUGGAAAUGUAAAGUGUGAUUAUUGAAAGGAAUCUGGGAAAUUGUUUUACCCAUUCACAAACUUGAGAGCACAAACACAUGUACUAGGUACUUGGCUGUACUAGUACUUAGCUUUACUUAAUAUGUUGGCACCUGUGGAAUCUUGGGUAGGUUGUAUAGCCUCUGAGAUGGAAUUUCUACUAUAAAAUGAGUAUAAUGCUUCCUUACUUAAACCUAAGGGUUACUGUGAAGGCAAAUAAUAAAAGGACUACAAAGGACCAAGAACAGUGGUGGUUUUUGUGAUUGAGAACAUACCCCUGAGGAGAUACAUGACCUCGGAUUCUGUAGUUCAGUCACAUAGCCCAGUCCAGAAUUUAGGUUUUCGGAAUCCUCCUAGUGAGUUUUUAUAUUAAGCUAAAAAAAGCAUAUCUCAAAAGGGUAAGAUAUGUGAUUUGUGGAAAUGUUAGUGUUAUCAGUGUACUGCAGAGGGAAGAUAGGUUCCUUUGGAAGAGGUAUGGAAGAUGCUAAGGAAUUCAGCAUGGUGAUGGAACGAAGCAUUUCUAGUAAUGCUGUUUUUAAAUGGAGUUUCAUUAACAUACCUAAUAUAUGUUUGAUUCAAUUGAAUAGUUUAAAGAAGAACAUGAACUUAAAAAAUACAGAAUGGCUUUUUGAAACUAAAUGAAAACUUUUAUCAUGUAAAGGUCAACACUUGAAUACUAGUAUUACUGUCUACUGCUUUGGUCUGACCCAUCUUCCCUGUUCUAAGGGCUGUUGUUACAUGGUGUCUCAUGAUAAAGUGCCUCUUAUUCAUUGGCCUAGUACACUGCUUUUUAUUAUGUAUAGGAGAGCACUUGGGUAGUACAUGGAAGUACAUGGAGUUUCAAACCAGAAAACUUAAGUGUAGACACUUUUCUAGGUAUUUUACAGAUGUUCCUUUGUUUAAUGUUUACCAGAGAUGUGAGGAUAAAUGCUGUUAGCAAUAUUACUGGGAAAAUUAAAGCAGCUUCAGUAACUUUUUGAAGAUAACUUACUGUUGAGUCCUGGGUUUAAAGCCUGGUAGGUUAUUUUCAGAGCCUUGCAUUCCUACCUGCUGUACUUUAUUGCCUUUCUACAGAAUUAUGAGAAGUGGGAUGGCACGCAGGCUGCCUGGGAAAGUGGAGAUUA